AUGGCCAUGGAUGUCCUCUCAAUUAUGAUCACGCAAGCACAACAAAGCGGACUGAUCAAUGGUUUCAGGUUCAAUACUCUCUCACCGCCCCUAACCCACUUAUUUUUUGCAGACGAUUCGCUCCUAUUCGCGGAAGCCAAUGUUACAGAAGCGACAAAUAUAAUACAAGUGUUGAACCUUUAUAAUGGGGCCUCAGGGCAAAGGAUAAAUGUCACCAAGUCUGGAUUAAUCUUUGGAAAGAAUACUGUGAACCGCACUAAAAGGGAUAUUGCGAGCCUCCUGCAUAUGCCCAUUUGGGAACACCCGGGCCAAUAUCUGGGGCUGCCUGCUAUCUGGGGACGGAGCAAAUGUAACUCUUUGGCAUGGGUUAAAGAGAAAGUUAGAGAAAAAAUAGAAGGAUGGAAGGAGACCCUAUUGAACCAAGCUGGCAAGGAGGUCUUGAUUAAAGCCAUUAUACAAGCAAUACCUUCGUAUGCUAUGGCAAUUGUGUACUUUCCAAAGGUUUUCUGUAAUUCGCUGUCUUCCAUGGUUUCUAAUUUUUGGUGGAAGGGGCAAGGGAAGGAGCGAGGGAUUCAUUGGAGAAGUUGGGAAAAACUAACCUUGAGCAAGGAGGAAGGGGGAAUGGGGUUCAGGGAUUUCAGAUUCCAAAAUUUGGCGAUCCUAGCAAAGCAGGCCUGGCGAGUUCUAACGAAUCCAGAGGCACUUUGGGUGCGAGUUCUAAAGUCAAUCUACUUCCCUUCUUCAAAUUUCUUACAUGCUAAGCUUGGCUGCAACCCUUCUUGGAUGUGGAGAAGCCUCCUUGAGGGGAGGGAUUUCAUUACCAGGUUUAGUAGAUGGGCAGUGGGAGGAGGCCAUUCAAUUAAGGUUUGGGGGGACAAUUGGUUGAGUUCCGGUGAUGCACUUAUUCAGCCUACGAAUGCCCCUGAUUUAAUGGUGAGUGAUCUGGUUUCACCUAAUGGAGAGGGUUGGAAUAUUGAUCUCAUUCGUGGCACUUUUCAACCAGAUUUGGCGCUUAAAAUUCUUCAAACUCCGCGAGUCUUCAGCCAAAUCCAAACCAUGGCCCUAGCACAACCAGUCAAGGAAAACACAGUCAAAGAAGAUAACUUGCCACAAACUGUGAGGUCAGUGGAUUGGUUUCCACCCCAUGGAAACAAUCUCAAAAUAAACGUGGAUGCUAGUUGGGUGGCUAACCUGCCACAUGCUUCCAUUGGUGUCUUAAUUCGUGACAAAUUCUCAACGCUCCAAGCUGGCUCAAGUGCCAAGAUUUUUGCCUCUUCCACUUUGACAGCUGAAGCGUGUGCUAUUAGAGAAGGAUUAGUCCUGGAUCACAAUCUGGAUUGCCCACAAGUAGUGCUGGAAUCAGAUAACAAACAAUUAGUGGAGGCUUGCAAUUCAGGUUUCUUGAUUGGUGAAACAAGUGCAAUUUUGCAGGACAUCUCCUACCUAAGAGGACAAUUCCACCGUUGUGAGUUUGUGUGGGCUAAUAGGGAGAGAAACAUAUCUGCUCACCAAGUUGCCAAGCUUUGUAUGGAAGACAAGUUGUUGGGUAAUUGGAUGUUUAAUCCCCCUCAGGAGCUUCGAAGUUCCUUGGUGGAAGAUGCCAAAGCUGCUGCUUUGAAGAAUGGCUUUCCUAAUCACUACUGA